CUUCAUAUGCACUUGCCUCUGCAAGCGCGCAAACUGUUCUCUGCGCUCGCUAUCUCUGUCUCAUCACCGAGCAGGGACUUUUCCGUUCCUGCUCACUACAGCACGCAAGUUUGGUGGAGAGUGAGCUGCACGAUCCAGUCGUCUGCAGGGACUUCAAGGUGUGAAAUUGAAGAGCAAUGUCGGCAAAAGAUUAAAAGAGUUGUGUUGGAGGCACGCGCGCACUGGUAGCAGGAAACAUCUUGCGCUUUCGAGUCGAGACAUCUGGGAAGUGAAAUAAAAGAUACUUACAGGAACUCAAUAAACACUUGAAACGGGCUAACAGGUGUGAUGGAGUGGCGUCAGCAGUCUGCAGUCAGCUGUGAGCUGGCAUUCCAGGAGGCACAGAGAUGGCUUGAGGAAGUGACGAAAAAGCAAUUUGGAAGUAAAAGCUUUCGAGUGGCCUUAGAGGACGGGGUUCUUCUGUGCGAUCUGAUUAACACAUUGAAGCCGGGCAUCAUCAAACGAGUGAACAGGCUCUCCACUCCCAUUGCAGGCUUGGACAACGUGAAUGUGUUUCUCAGGGCUUGUGAGAAACUAGGGCUUAAUGAGGCACAGCUCUUCCAUCCUGGAGACCUGCAAGAUGUGUCCACACGUGUGACUGUCAGACGUGAAGAGACAAGCAGGAGACUGAAAAAUGUUUUGAUAACUAUAUACUGGUUGGGCAGGAAGGCCCAGUCUGAUCCGUUUUACACUGGACCACAGCUGAAUCUAAAAGCCUUUGAAGGUUUGCUGGGCACAGCAUUAUCUAAGGCUCUGGAGGAGUCUGUGCAGUCUAAGUCCAGUGUGAGGGACAGUGGGUACGCGGAGGGCUGGUUUUCUGACAGGGAGGAUCUGUUCAGUCUGAAGCAGUCGGGGUACCAGAGGGAGGACUCAGUCGAGAGCCUGGACUCAGUGGAGUCUCGCACACUCAGUGUAGCUUCAGACUACACACUUAGAGCCGGCAGUGAAGGUUGCAGUAGUGACGCAGAAGCUGAACAUUGCUUCAGGAUGGCAGAAGGCAGUAAAAGUGAUGCCCCCAUCAGAGAAAGAGUGCAUGUCCCAUCUGCCCUGAGGAAGAAAAGGCAGGAAUACCAGCAGGGAAACAGGAGUCAUGCAGGCAACCUCACUAGUGAAAGUGGGAGGGGCUUAUACCAUGACCUCCCUCCUAAUUCUGCCUUCCUCCAAUGGGCAAGCAGUUACCAGUGUGACACUGACUCUGACGAGGAUCGCCGUGAACCAGACCUUGUGCAGGACGACCUAGCGAGUCGCAGAUUUAGCUCUGUAACCUCCGUGGCCCCUGUGAACUUUGCAAUCCCUUUAAAGCCUCUAGGCCCCAGGGUGGCCUCUAUGGUGACCCCAAGUGCUAGGAAGUCAUGGCUCACCUUGUCAGAUGCCUCACGACUGGCCGUAGUGCCACCCCAGAGAUCAAACCAGAGAGAAUUAUCCAUUCCCUCUCAAAAUGGAUGGACAGACUUUGAAUCGGCCACUUUGGAGGAAGAGUUUCUUCAGCGAGCCCUAAACACUGGCACGAGUGACUCUGAUGAGGACAGAGAAUAUGCAGAUCCUGUGUUGGAAGAUGUUUACGCCCGUCGUGUGCUCGUCUCCGAGCAUCAGACCUCUGUCAGUGCUGUUUCAGACAAGUUCCUGCCCAAAUAUUGGACACCUGAGGAAGAUCUUCAUGUGAAAAAGAUCAGGAUAGGGUCCCAGCGCAGGCCAUGGUAUAAGAAGAUGCAGGGCUUCAGAAGCAAAUCUAUGGGUGACAUCACACUGGAGCCCAUUCCACAGGAAUCUGACAACUGCUCCAGCUUUGACCCGCUGGGGUCACACCAUGUUCACCAGAGGUCUGUUGGAGAGGUGACCCUUGAACCCUCAGCCAUACAGAGGGUUCAGCAGGAACAGUUACAAAGCAUCCGGGACAGAAUAAAGGAAAGUGAAGCCAAGUGGCACGAAGAUCUGAACAGAUGGAAGAACCGGCGACGUAGUGCAAACUUUGACCUCCACAGGAAGCAUGAGGAGAGGGAGCAGAUUGAACUUACUACUGAUGGGGGAGGGGCCAGUGCCAUCAGGACUGCACAGCUCACCGGGGUGCCAGAGGAGAGCUCCAACAUGCCUGGACCCAUGAGUGAUGCGGGCUCCAGUGUCAGCAGUACUGCGUGGUCCACAACCUUGGCUUCACCCUUCACAAACGGGACAUCUUUUGCUCUGACCAAAGGCACUGAUGCAGAGAUGACUGACUCAUCUGGUGAAUUCUUCACCCCUCCAGCAGCUGUUGUCUCUGAACCGAGUUCACUGACCAGCCAGGCUACUGGGGAUCCAGAUCUCUAUGAGCAGCAGGGUCCAGACUUCAGCCACCGGGCGAUCCUCCUGGAGAGCUUUUAUGCAGGGGGAGCACGCAUAUCUGCCACUCUACCCAGAGGUUUCAGAAGGUCAGAAGGUUCCUCACGCCUCUCCACAGGUGUCACACCCCGUCCAUUUGGAACCAAACCCUCCAAAGUGUCCUCACUGCCCAGAGCAUAUUCCAUGGAUGACUCUCAUAAAAGCCUGAUCAGUGGAAACGGAGAUAAUUCAAUCAUCCCCUCUUUCCUCAGCGGUCAAGGAAAGGUCACAGCCUCUGUUGACAAGGGCCACUCUCGUUCAAGCACUCAUCCAAUCAACCCUAAGAAGGAAGAAGACGAGAGAAGAGACAGAAGGUCAUCAGCACCUCCAAUUAACUGUUUUGUCACUAAAGUGACAAUGGCUGCCUCUAAUAUGCAAACAUCUUCUCCUGUUGUCGCCGAAAUCAGGGACGUUAAGGUGCGUCAAAGUGAAAUGCGAGUCUGCUUGAAUCAGAAGCCUAACAGCGGGAGAGACUUUGGAUUCAAGGCUCACUGGGACUCAACUGGUGCUUGUGUGAAAUCUGUUCAAGCAGGCAGCCCAGCAGAGUCGUGUGGUCUGCUGAUGGGUGAUGAGAUCGUGGCGCUGGGUGGAUACAGGGUGGCUGAAAUGAAUUAUGAGCAGUUUAAGGGCAGGAUGGACACAGCACAGCAAAAGGGCACUUUACUGAUGGACAUCCUAAGACACGGCCAGAAUGGCUGGGGCAGUGACCACCCUUCCCUACCGUACAAGAGCCAUAAGACCAUCAAUUUGACCAGUGCCAAUUCAACACUUAUAGGGCGGCCCGAGCACUAUGUCUCAGUCAGCACAACCUCUCCGGUGGAGACCGUGGUGAAGACACAAGUCAACGCAAAGCCUACUAAUGGAGUGCUAUCAAAAACGGUAAAUGGACGUAGCCAGGACAAUCCAGUUGCACUAAGAAACACAGGUGGCUCAGAGUCUGCCAUCUCUGAUCUGCAGGUUCCCUCCAUCAGUACCACCUCGUCUCGCUGGUCAUGGGAUCAUGAAGAGGAGAGGAGGCGACAAGAGAAAUGGCAGAUGGAACAAGAGCGCCUCCUGCAGGAGAAGUAUCGGCGUGAUCAGGAGAAGUUAGAGGAAGAGUGGAGGAGAGCUCAGCAGGAGGUCUAUGGAGAGGAGCACAGUGGUACUGAGGAGCAGAGAUGCCCUGAUGUGCUGUCCAAUGGAAAUACCACAUAUAUUUCACCUUCCUCCUUCAACCAAUUCAUUGCUACCACUUCAGUGGCAUCCAGUCAGAAUGCAGACAAGGUGGGAGAAACACAGAACAGACAGACCGCUGUGCAAACAGCAGCAAGACAGCACUCACUAAAGGCAGAAGUGGAGUGUGAUUCAACCACAAAGAGUCCGUGCUCAGAGGAGUCCUACGGGUUUGCCAAGCUUACAGUUUCUGACAGGACAAAGUCAAAAUCUACUCCUGCACUUCAAGGCCUUCACAAACAAGAUGCUAAAGGAAGCGGUAAAAAGAAGGGACAGCUGUCGCAGACAGAAAAGGAACGUCUGCAGAUCCUGGAGGAGAUGAGGAAGAAGACGCAGCUCCUCACUGACAACAGUUGGAUCCGUCAGCGCAAUGCCAGCUUCAACAAAGAGCCCAUCACUGUGGGAACAUCUGUCAGGAGAUAUGAAUCUCUGGACAACCUCCUCACAACCAACUCCUGGUCCAGGCAGUCCCAUACUUCAAGUAUCACAAGCAGGCCCCAUUCUGCUUUGGGACACACUGGCACUUACAGGAGCGGACGCAGCAGCCUGAGCCCUGGUUCAGCCAUCUUCUCUACCGGUCUUAAGCAAAGCUCCAACGUUCCCACUCCACCAAUCACAACUACGCCUGAGCUGUCAGGCCCUGAGUCCUGUCCAAACUCUCAGCAGCGUGGCAGGCUGGUCAGUGGCAGGCGGAUGUGCUCGAGGUGCGAGCAGCCUCUGGGGAAGGGAGCUGCCAUGGUCAUCGAUUCCCUGGAGCUCUGUUUUCAUUUUUUUUUUUUAGGUUGUGUCAGCUGCAGGACUGACCUUGGGAGAGGGGCUGAGUCCGGAGCUCAUGUCAGAGUCCGACACAGACAGCUCUUCUGUAACAGCUGCUACAGCAGAAUCAGAGUCUGUUCCUCCAUCUCCAAUUGACCAGAAUGCAUUGCAACAGAUCUUAGAGGAGUGUACCACAGAAGCAGCCUCAGGAAUCACAACUAUUAGCACAACCUAACCACUGCAGCAGGGUUUAUCCACUGCUUUGACAAUCAGAGUAUUGAGAUUGAUAUUUCUGUGAUUGUUCUCAUAGUAUGACCGCUACAUGGUGACGAGUUCGAACAUGUUAUUUUGAUCAUUGCUGAAAUCCCAGCGGUUGUUUCUGUACUGGCUGACAUCCAUGUAGUAAGAUGAACAUGCAUUGCUGAACAGUUUUGCAUUCCAUGUGGCAAGUAAUAACAUGUCUGAUGUGUCUCAUGACUUCUAAGAACUGCUUUAUGUUCUUUUUUAGAUGCAAGUCCUUGCUGAGAACUUAUUUCUUUACCAUAUCAUCUCAUUUCUUUAUAAUAUAAGCUUUCCUCUGAUAAUUAUUUAAUAAAUGUUCUAGCACACUUUAUUUUGCACUUUUUCCCCUUUCAUUGGUAGAAAUCACAUAGUGGUGAUGGUGGAGGGGUUAAGUCAUUGUUCUGUUCUGGUUAAUUAAGAGGAACCUUAUGCAACGUUUUUAAACAAUCUGCUUAACAAUAGAAAUGUAUUUGAUCUGUCUUACUAAUACAUGUUGAAAAGUAUAAUCCAGUAGGGGGCACCCUUGUCAUAACUGCCCCCCCUCACCAUUUAGUAGAUGAAAUAUUUUGCCAAUCAGAUGGCCUGCAUAUAAAGUUUGUAUUUCAUAUCAUUGUAAAA